AUGGUCACCGCUGCCCUUCCCGUCAUCCAACCCAAGAGCGUGCCCACGGGAUCGCCAGAGUACGAGACGAGGCGCGCUGAGAUUCUCGGGGCUUUUGCCGACAGGAUCCCCCAGUCGCUCCGUCUCCCUCUAGAUCUCAUCAACAACCCUCCCACUGAUGUGUCGGGCAUCCCGGCUUCCUGCGGUCUCCUGUCCGACCUGGACCUCGAGAUCACGGAAAACUACGAUGCCGUCGGCCUCGCCGAGGCCAUCGCGAGCCGCAAGUACACGGCCCUCACCUGCUGCUUGACGGAAUGGUUCCUCGACGAGGCCGUUGCGCAAGCCAAGGGGCUCGAUGACUACCUGGCAGAGCACGGCAAGACCAUUGGGCCCCUUCAUGGUGUGCCCCUGAGCAUCAAGAUUCACAUGCCCAUCGCCGGGACCUGGUCCAUCCAGAGCUGCCUGGCUACGCUCGUCCAGGACAAGGAGGACUGCCAGAUGAUUUCCAUUCUGCGCUCCCUUGGCGCCGUCUUCUACUGCAAGACCAACCAGCCCCAGACCAUCAUGCACCUCGAGAGCGACUCCCUCUGGGGCCGCGUUCUCAACCCUUACAACAUCCACCUGUCCGCCGGCGGCUCCACUGGCGGCGAGGCUGCCCUCAUCGCCCUCAAGGGUUCCGUGCUCGGGAUCGGUACCGACAUUGGCGGAAGCAUCCGCGGGCCCUCCGCCUUUAGCGGCAUCUACGGCUUCAAGCCCACUACUUACACCUUGCCCAUGCGCGGAUUCCUCGCUGCCCCUUUCUCUGCUGAGCUCAACGUCUUGUGCUCCACCGGCCCCAUGUGCCGCAGUCUCCGCGACAUGGACCUCUUCAUGCGCUGCGUCCUCUCGGCCAAGCCCCACCUUCUGGACCCCAGGCUUCGCGCCAUUGCGUGGGCGCGCCAACUUCUCACGGACCCGCGCUACGCGGAUCUCGUCGAGAUCAAGGAGUUCAAGCCCUACGGCGCCGCGGACGCGUGGUCCAAGAUUCGGCGCAUGUACUGGCCCGACGGCGGCAGCGUCGUAAAGGAAGCCAUCCAGUCCACCGGCGAGCCCGUCUUCCCUCUGAGCGACUGGAUCUGGAAGGACGCCGAGCCCGCGGGUAUGCAGACGGCCGAGGCCGUGAACCAGAUGCGCCGCGAGCGAGACGAGUUCCGCUGCGACUUUGCCGCUGACUGGCACGCGCAGGACGUAGACGUGACCAUUGGCCCGGCCUUUGUGGGGCCGGCCAGCGCCCAUGAUACAGCGUUUUACUGGACGUACACGUCUCUCUACAAUUUCGUAGACUACCCCGGCGUUGUCGUCCCGACACCGAUCAAGACGGAAACCGGCGAGAGCUACGCCGCCGACUACACGCCCUUGAGCGACGCGUGUAAGCACGUGAAGCAGUUGUGGGAAGAGUCGGAUUUCACGGGCGCCCCGAUUAACCUCCAGAUUAUCGCGCGCAAGUACCAUGAUAACGAGCUCUUUGCCGCCCUCACUGUUCUCAAGGCCAUCUUUAACUUGUCUUAG